GCCGGCGGGACGCCUCUGUCAUCCGUCGGCGCUCUCCCUUCAUCAUAAGAAAUGGCGGGCGUCAUCCCAUUUCCAACCCCCGCUGCUCCUUGCGCUGCUCGGCACUCCCCUCCCUCCCCUCGCCACUUAUCAAGCCGCUGUCGCACGACGGCCGCCAGCUACCUCUCUUUCUUCUACACCACCACCAUCCCACUAGUCCGCACCCCCACCGUCGUUAUCAGAGCACCAGUCUUUCCUGAAACCAUGGCUUCGAUCUCCCUUUCCAGAAACCCCUCUUCGCGCGAACGCCCGUCACACUUCUCGAUUCAGGAGUUCUCUGACCUCGUUUCGACUGCCUUUAACCUUCCUGGCGCGUCGGGCGUGCCUCCCUCCCCUGUCUCCAGCUGCUUCGACGCUGACACGGACGACGGCCACCUCGCGGGUUCCCCGCGGAAGGCGAGGCGUUCCAGCGCAAAGGCUCCAAUGCCGUCAGAGCAGUCGCCCAAGUCGCGUUCCGCGCUCAGCGUGCUGCGCCAUGUCCGCACUCGCGCGUCGGCUGUCCUCCGUCCGGCUAAUACCCACCUCACCCUGCCGUCGGAGGGAGCCAACCAUUCUGCGCGUCCCAGCAUAUGCUCUCAGCGCACUCUGCAGUCCAAUCUGACCGCUUCAUCAUACGCGUUCCUGUCCCGUCCGCCCACUCCCAUUCCCACCCCACGCACGCGUUCGCCUUUCCCAGAUCUCGCUCUCUCCCGCUCCCGGUCGCGCACCAAGAGCCUCACCGGCCCAAUUUCAUUUCUGAAAUUACCAAAGCGCGAACCUGGCGCUUCUUCCGCAAGUCCGUCCCAGGCAAGCGCCCCCGCGCUACCCGAUACCCAGGACUUGCCCUCAUUCUUCGAGGCGACAGGAUAUUCUGAGCGGAGCCCGCUGCCACCCGCAUAUAGCCGCCCCUCGACGCCCGCCCCGCCGGCCAAUGCUCAGGCGCAGUCGCGCAUACACACGCGCCUCCCGCCUUUGCGCAAAGCGAAGAGCGCAUCCACGAGCAUCUUCCGCGGGAAGAAGUCCAAGGGCGGAUGUACAACGGGAGCGAACGGCCCCGCAGGAGCCCAGCCGCAGGUCGCUCUGGACUGGACGAUGAUGGACACGGAGGAGUAUUUCACAUCUCCGAGGGAUCCGCCACCCGUCCCGCCGCUGCCAAGUUCGCUGACUGGCCGUAGGCCAGACUCCGGAGCGGAUGAGGACGGGGAGUUGGAUGUCCCCGCAUACGUAUUCGAAAGGAGGGGCAGUGCGACGAGCACAUGCACGACGAGUACCACGGUGAGUAUUUGGACCUCUCAUGUUUCCGAUUGCAUGCCGGACAGUGACACUUCGUGUUCACCGACACUGGGGUUGGAUGCUGUUUGCAUCUUUACUAUGAUCCCAUCUGACGGCCACGCUGUCUUGGCAUCUGGCUUUGCGUUUCCCGCCUCAUCGACCGUAGGGCGUAUCUACACGCCGUCUGAGCACGGACACGGUGCCAUGUACGAAGAGGAUACGUCCAAGAUCGGACGUGUGCUGACCCCGGAGCCGGACCCUUUCGCCAAAGGCGAUGUAGCGAUCGCGAGAGGCUCGCGGCAAGACGAUAGGAGCGCGAGGAACGCGAGGAGCGCGCAGCAAGGCUGGGACUUCAAGGACGCAAGCCCGGAAGACGUGACGGAGGAGGCAGACGUCCUUCAAGUGUACUCGAGGGCUCGCGGACGCGGCUCCAUUGGACGGAGACGACUCCCAGAGUUUCUGAUGGAGUCGCCGUCUCCGAGGUCACCCGUAUACGAGUUCCCAUCUUCGUGCUCGAUCUACCCUGUCAGGGGAACGGACGUCCCGCAGUCUCCCCUCCUUGCCGGACCAGCAGCAAGAACCCGGGCUAACCUUGUAUCGAGGUUCUCCAUGUCGACCGAGUCCGUAUCGUCACGCUCUUCGUUCACCGAAUCCGCGGAACAUCAGGGGUUGAAAGAUGUGGACGUGGACGCGACGUUCGUAUUCGCCACUCUUGCUCGCGAUGUCGCCCCGCGAAGUCCCAGCAAACGAGCCACCCUGGACGUAGGCGCGUCUCCAAAGGCCGCGGUGUUCCGCUCGUCGACGAGUGCGUCUCUCCCACCGUCUGCACACGCGCGGUAUGCCCGCUACGCGGAGUCCAUCCCGGUUGCGACUACCAAGCGCCAGGCGUCGGUGCGUACGUCCGCGUCCGAGCCGUCUCCCAGAGUUCAGCGCCCUUCGUCGCCAUUUCCGCUCGUGUGCGGGUUGAGCGACGGAUCGCCGAAUGGGCAGCUUGGCGCGAAGGCCGGUGACGGUGGAGACGUCCCUGGGCGACGAGUCGGAAUUGUCGUGAAAGACGAUGUGCAGUAUGCGGAGGCGUUUGAAGAGUCGUUCGUCCUGUCGGGGGAGGAGAUGGAGCGAAUCCAGAUCCCGGCGUCGGCGUUGCUUACUGAAGAGCACCGAGCCUUCGACGCAGACGACGACGCCCUUACUCCCCGCCCAGCAUCUCCACGCGAUAUUGACCUGACACUCACUAUCGGGCAGGCUGAAGGCGAAUGGGACCGACACACUACGGGGACUUCGGAGUCCAGCACCGAGUCCGGCAUGUUCUUCAGCGCAAGAUCGAGCGUCGAGUCGACGCGGAAAAGCGUCUGAGCCUGCUCUGUCGUUAUUGCAACCGCCUCGCAAUCAGCUCCCCGAAAUCUCUUCUCGCGAGGGAAUUCGUCGUUCGAACAAAGUUAUCCUUAUUACCGCAACUUUAAAUCGGAGCCGUUGGGCUCCCUGUCAUUCUUUCUCUUUGCAAACACUCAUCCACUGUACCUCGCAACCGUCGUUUUCUCGCGGUCUUACUGUUAUCCGCACGUUCUCUUCAGUUAUUCGGUCUGUUAUGUGUACAGUAGUGACUCCAUAUCGACUCCUCCUGGCGGAGCGUUCUCACCCUCAUUUGCCUUCGCGCGUAAUAUUGCCAGCUGUAUACCUUGUUCCGCUGUCCGAGUAGUCGUACUUUAGUAGAUAUUAGUAGUAGGAGUAGUAGCGGUGACGCGGGUGGAAACCCGGAUUAGUGCGCAUACU